GAGCGAGCGAUGUUUUUGUUUUGCAGCUUCAAUUUCUCAGCUUGAGCUCCAUUCAAAAAAAUAAAAUAACAAUGCAAGCAAUUCGGAAAAUAACAACAACGGUAAAACAAUUAAACGCUGUAUCAUCAACUAUUUCAACAAAUCUUCACUUAGGUUUAUACGGCGGAGUUCCGGCGACGAUACGACGGUUAUCGAGCCGCAAUCCCCGGAGCGGCGAAGACGAAUGGAACGAGGCUUGGGAAUCGGCGUGGCUACCACAGGACCUAACGCCUAAGACGCGAGCUCCAUGGGAGGGCGACGUGAACUUCGCUUCGGAAGCGGACGCGGAAACGAAGGCGUUCGUUGAGGAGAUGAACGAUAAUUGGAACGAAAGGAGAAAGGGAGUGAAGAAGGAGAAGGAGAAGGAGAAGGAGAAAGAAAAGGUUGAAGAAAACGGUGCGCUUUAUAGUUUGGAGAGUAUUAAGAAGGAUUAUAGGUUGAAGAAGCAGAAGUUGCAUGCUGGACUUUGGACUAAGGAGAUUGCGAAGCUUGAGGAGGCUAAGUUGGGAGAUAGUGAUGUUCAUGUUGGUGAUGAUGAUAUUCAGAGAUUGCUUGAUAGUUGCUCUGACAUCUUUGACUCCGGCAAUAAUGAUCUGAACAACGCAAAAGUUCCAACUUCCGAAUUCAAAAACAUGCCUGAUGGGUGGGAAACAGUAUCAAAAAAUCAAGAUGGAAAUAUAUGGGAGAUGUCCCAAAGAGAAGAAGAUAUACUUAUGCAGGAAUUUGAUCGGCGAAUUGCUUAUAGCAAAUUUCAGAUUGCUAGUUUUAUCAAGACUCACAUAUUUAGCCGGAGGAGGCCAAUCGACGGAUGGAAAUACAUGAUAGAGGUGGUAGGACCAAAUGCCAAGAGAGGGAAGGGGAGUGUUUCUAGAGUACCUAGUUUAUCUGAUCCCUCUACCCAACCAUUCAAAGAGGAGACGACUUCGGUUGAUAAGAAUUACAUUCCCCAUGGAAGGAGAUAGCAUGGUCAUGUAGUUUAAUGUAUUCUCUUUUGCUCUGCAGAGGUCAUUGCAGACUUGCAGUGGUCAUUUCAUUUAAUAUUUUCCAAAUUAGAAUUAAAAGGGUGGUUCCUGGUGCGGCCAGAGAGGCUGCUGAAAUUCUGUGCUGCAAAAUUUGUUCUCCAUAGAAUCUUGGUUAAGGUUCAAACCGUGGAUGAAGUCUUUGAAGGAAGUGACAAAUAUGCAGUACUCUGAUGUUGGUACCAAUCGGUUGAAGUAUAAAAGCAAAAGGAAUGUUCUAUAUUUCGAUAGUAAAUGUUGCUGUAAUACGUAGAAUAAUUAAAACAUGGUCAUUUGAAACAAAGGAGGAGGAAAAUGUCCGGUUUAAUUAUAGUGAAGGUAACUAAAUUGUAAUUAAGAAUGCUCUUCAAUAUUUAAUCAACUAAAGACAUUCUUGUUAGAUGGUAAAGAAGAGGUCAUUGUAAGAUGUUACAUUGACACUACUUCUAAACAUAUAAAAGUAAUUUAAGAUUACGGUUUGACUUAUGCUUUGCAUAUAGUGGCACCUUGAGUUGAAAGAGUUGCAAAUCAGAGAUAAUUUUUAA